GUAAACUCUAACAUAAGCCCAACACAAAGCGGUUCAGCCCAACGAUCAAUUGCAACGAAUCUGAUAUUUUCUCCUUCACUUGUCUUCGUCUUCCGACUCCCUCCAUAUUUCUUUUUCUUCCCCUUCUCGUACAACUCCACCGGAAAAAAAAAUCGCAACUGAAAAUCUACAUUAUUCUCAAACGGCCGGAGUAGUAUGCCGGUUGAAGUAGCAAACGGAUUAACAGAAGCCAUUGGUUAUCCAAAAGGCGAUUUGAGACCUCAAAACCCUAACGCCGCCUCUAAGAAGUCAAAGGAAAGCGACCGACGCCGUAGGCGGAGGAAGCAGAAGAAGAAGAAGGCGGCGUCUAAGGUUGCAAAUGGAGAAGACAGUGAUAAUGGUGCACAAGACUUAAACGGCGGCGCUGAGGAUAGUUCUAAUGAAAGUUCCGAUCCUCAGAAGUCUUUGGUUCAAGUUGAAGUGGAGUAUGUACCAGAGAUGGCCGAAUUAGAUGGUGAGUUCGAUGAGGAAUUCAGGAAGGUUUUUGAGAAAUUCACUUUCACGGAUGCCACUGGUUCUGAGGAGAAUGACAAAAAGGAUGAAACUGCUGCUGAUGGAGCCUCUAAGAAAAAGGCGGAUUCUGAUUCUGAAGAGGAAGAAGAGGAUGCACAACAAAAGGAGAAGGGCGUCUCUAACAAAAAGAAAAAACUUCAACGUAGGAUGAAGAUCGCAGAACUGAAACAAAUCUCUAUGAAGCCUGAUGUUGUUGAGGUAUGGGAUGCCACUGCAGCAGACCCUAAGCUCCUGGUAUUUCUGAAAUCUUACCGGAAUACUGUUCCCGUUCCAAGACACUGGUGUCAGAAACGGAAAUUUUUGCAGGGGAAGCGUGGCAUUGAGAAACAGCCAUUUCAACUUCCCGACUUUAUAGCUGCGACAGGAAUUGAGAAAAUUAGACAAGCUUAUAUUGAAAAGGAGGACAGUAAGAAGCUUAAACAAAAGCAGCGGGAAAGGAUGCAGCCAAAAAUGGGGAAGAUGGAUAUUGAUUAUCAGGUUCUACAUGACGCCUUUUUUAAGUAUCAAACUAAACCGAAGUUGACAUCCCUUGGUGAUCUGUAUUAUGAAGGGAAGGAGUUUGAGGUCAAGUUGAGGGAAAUGAAACCUGGAACUUUGUCUCAUGAACUGAAAGAGGCACUUGGUAUGCCUGAAGGUGCUCCUCCUCCUUGGCUCAUCAAUAUGCAGAGAUAUGGUCCUCCACCCUCUUAUCCUCAGCUGAAGAUCCCUGGACUCAAUGCUCCUAUUCCUCCAGGAGCCAAGUUUGGCUAUCAGCCGGGAGGUUGGGGUAAACCACCUGUUGAUGAAUAUGGGCGCCCUGUAUACGGAGAUGUCUUUGGUGUAUUACAACAAGAUCAGCCUAAUUAUGAGGAUGAACCUGUUGAUAAGACUAAACAUUGGGGUGACUUGGAGGAAGAAGAAGAAGAGGAGGAAGAGGAGGAGGAAGAGGAGAUGGAGGAAGAGGAGAUGGAGGAUGGUAUUCAGUCAGUGGACAGCCUUUCGAGUACUCCUACUGGAGUUGAGACUCCUGAUGUUAUUGACCUUCGCAAGCAGCAGAGGAAGGAGCCCGAGAAGCCCCUCUACCAGGUGCUUGAAGAAAAAGAAGAAAAGAUAGCUCCUGGUACUCUUCUUGGAACAUCCCAUACGUAUGUGAUUAACACUGGCGCUCAAGACAAGGCUGGUGCCAAAAGGGUUGAUCUGCUCAAAGGUCAGAAGUCGGAUAGAGUUGAUGUCACAUUGGCACCUGAAGAGUUGGAACUUAUGGACAAUGUUUUACCAGCCAAAUACGAGGAAGCUAGAGAGGAAGAGAAGCUUCGUAGCCAGCGUGAGGAUUUCAGUGACAUGGUAGCAGAGAAUGAGAAGAAGAGGAAACGUAAAAUGCAGGAAAAGGAUGGCAAGUCGAAGAAGAAGGAUUUCAAGUUUUGAAGUGGUUUUGUGUUUUAUAUAUUGUACCAUCUAGUUACUUUAGGGCUGCAGUACAUCCAGCUAAGGGGCAUCUUAUCUUGCAGGGAAUAGCAUUAGUAGGUCAACAUGCACUGAGAAAUCUGUAUGUUGUGAUGAAGUGUUUUCCCAUGUGUUUAAGCAGGGGGAGUUGGUGUAUGAUAAUCUAUCCUAUAAAAUGUGCUUAGUUUUUGCCUCUCGUUUCA